AUGAUUGUACAAAAACAAACAUCAGGUUCAGGUGGAUUCAAGAUGCCUGCAGAAAUCGUGAAAGGAAAGAAAUAUUAAUAAUAGAAUCUUAAUAAUGACCUUCCUACGAAGGAUGAGCUGUUUAAUUAAUUAGGAAUAUUGCCUGAUGAUGACUCAGUUAGAGUAAAUGAUCAUAGAGGAGAUCCUCUUAGAAUUUCUAAACAAUUAAUAUAAGAGAAAGUAAAACAUUAAUAUUCUAUAUACAUAUAGUAAGAACAAUUGAAUUAUUUACCACCUAAACCACCAACACCGUAAGUGAUUAAAUAGAAAGUAAAUUCAUAGAGACUUACUUCUUAAGAAUUAGAAAAAAUGUUAGAGGAGCAUAGAUAAUAAAUGCGUCCUAUAGCACAGUAAUAUGAGUAAAUGAGGUUGAGUGAUGUAAGAAGUAAAAGUUACAAUCCAAAAAGUUAACGAUCCAAGAGUCCCAAAGUUAAAGUGACUUAUCAUGAAGAACCAGUAAAUAUUGAUAAAUUAAGAGUAAUCUUAUAUUCUAUAUAUACUUUUAGCGUUCUUAGAAGGAUAUUGAAGGACCACAUGGGGAUUUUUUAAAAGGAGUAUUACCUAAACAAAAAUUAUAAAAAUUUAAAUCUGAAUCUAAAUUGAUAUCUGAUGAUGAUUUCUAAAAGAAAUUUAAAAAUUAUUUAAGAAAUAAAAGAAAACAUGAUUAAAGUAGAAAUAGUUCUCAGGAUAAAUUGGAAUUUGAUUUAUAUUAAAGUACUAGUCCAAAUAGAGGAAGAUGGAAUUCUAAACAUAUAAAUAAAGCAGUAUUUAAAGAUCGAAGUGUUUUAGGAAAUGAAUCUUCAUUAAGUAAAAGUUAGAGUAAAAGUAAAAAUAAGAGUAAGAAAAAUAAAAAGAAAGAAUAAUCAAUGUCUGAAUAAUAAUUAUGUGAAUAGAUAUUCAAAUAAAUAGAUAAUGUAAAUCAAUUAUUUUAAUACUUUCUAGAAAUCAUAAGGUCUUAUAGAUAAAAUUCAAACUAUCAAAUAUUUGAUUUCUAAUCCUGAAAUUAUGGAAGCAUUUAAUAUUAAUCCUAAAGAUUUGAAUUAAUAGGUGAAUAAAUUUCCAACGAAAUAACAAGGUGUCUUUACAUAAAAUGAGUUGAUUAAAUUUUUAUAAAAGUACAAAUCUCAAUUUGAUCAUGAAGCAUUUGGUGGAUUGAGUCAUGUUUCAUAAUAAUAAUAAGUUUCAAGUUGUUUAUUGAAUGAAGAUUAAAUUCAAAUCUUAAAGAAUAUAUUUGAUUCAUUAUAAAAUGAUAUGAUCGCAUAAAGAAAAGAACUCAUUUAAGCAUUUAGAAAUGACAUUUAGGUUGUAAGAAUGUUACAUGUUUAAGCUGCAUAUGUUGCAUCUAUUGAUAAAAUACUCAAUUUAGAUACAAUCUUAUCAUAAUUAGAAGCAUAAGCUUAUGAAUUCCCAUACAUAUCUUGGAAAUAAUUUAUGGAUGCAUUUGAAUAUGAUACAAUGGUUAGUAAAUAAGAAUUAGCAUUUGCUUCUCUUAAAGAAUCAUAAAAAUAAGUAGAUGAUCAAGAUAGAAUAGAUGCACCUGAAGAAUUAUAAUAAUUAAUAAAAGAUUAAUUUAAUAAGAUUGUGAUGGAUGAUUAUGUUACAGCCUUUGAUCUUAUUGAAUGUAUAAGAAGAGCACCUCUAUAUUCAGAAUUAAGAAAAUAGAUUGUUAGAAAAUAAUCUAAAAAAAGUGAUAUCAAAGAAGAAACUUUAGAAUAAGUCUUGAAAAGAAUUGAAGAAACAGCAGAAGAGUAUUUGACAUUUUCAGAGUUUAUGAGUUAUUUUACUAGAAGAGGAUAACCUAAAUUUAAUGAUGAAGUUGCAAGUCUUGCUAAAAGUAUAAAUGUCACUGAAGCUUUGUAAAAUGAUGAAAAUAGAAUAGAUGGGUAUGAUUCUGAUCCAGAAUUACAUACUUAUUAAGAUAAAAUGUUACCAAGAGAAAGAUUAAUAAAAAAACAUCCAAGUUAAUAAGCAUUGUUAACUUAUAGUCAUCGUAAGAAAUCCUUGCCAUCAAAAAAUCCAAUUAAUAAGGAAGAUUUUUUAUCUGCAAUUUAACCUAAGCCAUAAUAUGGAGCUCAUUCUAAACCUAGUGAUUAUCAAUUUAGAGUUACUUAGCCAUAGCCAUUUAAUUUUGAUAAGAGAGAGAAAGAGCGUUCUUUAUCUAUUAGAGAGAAAAAGUUAUAAGAAAUGUUGAAUGAAAAAAAAAGGAAUGAUUCUUUCAAAAGUUUUAAAGCAAAAGAAGUCCCUUAAAUUGUGAAAUAAGAUGGGUUAUAUGAAAAAAUAAUAAACGACAAUGAAAAACGUAGAGAGGAAGUUAAGAAAAAUAGUGUAUAAAUGACUUUAAAAAAUGAAAGACCAUUUUCAUUUUAUAAACGAGAUGAAAACUCUUCAAAAAAACCUCGUAGAAAGUAUUGGUAAGAAAGAGAAAAAUUUGUAUUUAAGGCAAAAGCUAUACCUUGGCAUGUUCAUGUAGAAUUAUUGAGACAAAUGGAAUAAGAUGAAGAAACUAAAAGAAAAGAACGUAUUGCAAAACAUGCUCAAGAAUUAGCUAUGAGUUCAAGAAUGCCACCUAGAAUGGAAAUGCAUGAAAGAUAAAAAUAAGGAUAACCUUAAUCCCCUAAAUAUAUGAAAACAUAAAUCUCUUAUAAAGCUAAACCUAUACCAGAUUUUGAAAAAUUACAUUCAUCUUUUCAAGAUUAAUUGAAUCGUAAAAAAUUAUAAAUGAGAACAACUGAACCUGAACCUUUUAAUUUUUAAUAAUCUCAUAAAGGUGUUGAUAGACCAUAUCUAGAUAGAGAAAAUGAAAUCAAAAUUAAUCCUAUUAAAGAAGAUAAAAUAGAAGAAGCUAGAAAAAAAAUGAGUAUUAAACCUGCUAGAUAACCACCUUCUACUAAAAAAUGGGAAAGCAAUUGUGAAUUCUUAAAAAAAGAAAGAAUUAAAAAAGCUGAAAAGCAAGAAUUACUUAAAAAAGAAGAAUAAGAAAGAUUAGCAAAAAAAGAAAAAGUAUUUAUAUUUAUAUAUUUUUAAGUUUAAAUAAAGAGUUUAAUAGUCAGAAGCUAUUUAAGAUAACUCUAAAAAACUUGAAUAAUAAAGGAAAGAUAGAAUUGCUUAAUUAAAAAAAGAAUCUAAAGAAUAAGAAAUGAAAUAAAAAUAAAUUAUUGAAAAUUGUAAGAGAAAGGCUACAGAAUAACCUUUGCUUGUCGAAAGACGUAAUAUUUUAUCUUAUUAUGAUUAGCUACUAAAAGAGAUGUUUAAUUAGAGAAAAUGAAACAAUUGAAUAAAAUUGAUAAAAUGUUGAAGCAAAAUGGAGUUAUGAACAGAGAUGAGUACUUUAAUAAAGAAGAAAAAGCUAUGCUUGAUGAUAUUAAUUAUUUAAAGAAACAUGGUUAUGAAGAUGAUUUUGAAAAAGAAUGACUAAGAAUUUUGAUAGCGAA